AUGGCUCCUCAACCCCGACUCAUAAUGGCGAAAAGCCUCCAUGGGGCCAAAGUCGCGCCUUUUGUCCGAAACCACAUGUUCCUCUCCGUCCCUUGCCUGUCCCGAUCUCGAUGGGCAACACGAACCGCGAUAGCCUCAACCACCCCCCUCCGAGCCAUAUUCCACACGACCGCGCCGCGUAACUAUGGCCCGCGAACGCCCCCGACCCCCGACCUCCCGCCCCAGCAGCAGCAACAGCAGCCCGUAACGGGCACCUCCCCACUCGCCAAGACGCAUCGGCCAGCACCACCAGACCCCCUCGCAACGCUCGAUAAGAGCGCACAAGAACAACGCAAGGCCGAUUGGGCAAUCAUGAAGGAGAUGUCGCGCUACCUGUGGCCAAAAGACAGCUGGGGGGACAAGCUACGCGUGUCGCUGGCUAUCGCCCUGCUGGUGGGUGGGAAAGUCCUCAACGUGCAGGUGCCAUUUUACUUUCGAGAAAUUGUUGACUCGCUAAACGUUGAUGUGGCCGGAAUGGGUGGGACAGUGGCUACUGUAGCGGGAACUAUGAUCUUUGCGUAUGGCGCUGCGCGUAUCGGAGCUGUUGUGUCUCAGGAGCUGAGGAACGCCGUGUUCUCGUCCGUGGCGCAAAAGGCGAUUCGAAGGGUUGCGACCAAAACGUUUGGGCAUUUGUUGAACCUGGAUCUGAAUUUCCAUCUGUCGAAACAAACGGGCGGGUUGACGAGAGCGAUCGACCGCGGAACGAAGGGAAUCAGCUUCUUGCUAACGAGCAUGGUGUUCCACAUUGUGCCCACCGCGUUAGAGAUCAGCAUGGUGUGUGGCAUCCUGACCUACCAGUUUGGGUGGGAGUUUGCUGCGAUCACAGCCUCCACCAUGGCGGCGUACACGGCGUUUACGAUCUUCACGACGGCGUGGCGGACCAAGUUCCGACGCCAGGCUAACGGGGCCGACAACAAGGCGUCUACCGUAGCCGUGGACUCGCUCAUCAACUACGAGGCAGUCAAAUACUUCAACAACGAAAAGUACGAAAUUGGGCGGUACGAUAAAGCGCUACAGCAGUAUGAGAAGAGCUCCAUCAAGGUAGCCACCUCGUUGGCCUUCCUCAACAGCGGGCAGAACAUCAUCUUCUCGUCUGCCCUCACAACGAUGAUGUGGCUCGGCGCCAACGGCAUCGUCGCCGGGACGCUCUCCGUCGGUGACCUAGUGCUCAUCAACCAGCUAGUCUUCCAGCUCUCCGUCCCGCUCAACUUCCUCGGCUCCGUCUACCGCGAGCUGCGCCAGUCCCUCCUCGACAUGGAGACCCUCUUCAACCUCCAAAAGGUCAACGUCUCCAUCAAAGAAAACCCCAACGCCCCAGCCCUAACCCUCCCCAGAGGUGGCGAAAUCCGUUUCGAGAACGUCAGCUUCGGCUACUACCCAGACCGACCCAUCCUCAACAACCUCUCCGUCACCAUCCCCGCCGGAAAAAAGGUUGCCGUCGUCGGGCCCUCAGGCUGCGGCAAAUCCACUCUCCUCCGCUUGCUCUUCCGCUCCUACGAUCCCCAAUCUGGCCGCAUCUUCAUCGACGACCAAAACAUCCGCGACGUCACACUCGACUCGCUCCGCCGGUCCAUCGGCGUGGUCCCGCAGGACACCCCGCUCUUCAACGACACCGUCGAGCUCAACAUCCGCUACGGCAACCUCGAUGCGCCGCCCGAAAAAGUCCGUGAUGCGGCCCGGCGCGCGCAUAUUCACGAUAAGAUUGAGUCCUGGCCGCAUGGGUACGAGACCAAGGUCGGUGAGCGCGGGCUGAUGAUUUCGGGGGGUGAGAAGCAGCGGCUGGCUGUGUCGCGGCUUAUUCUCAAGGACCCGCCACUGUUGUUCUUUGAUGAGGCCACUAGUGCGCUGGACACACAUACCGAGCAGGCCCUGAUGGCGAACAUCAACGAGGUGCUCAAGGAGAAGCGCCGGACGAGCUUGUUCGUGGCGCACCGACUGCGAACUAUUUAUGACGCGGACGUGAUUAUUGUGUUGAAAGAGGGUAAAGUAGUGGAAAUGGGGAGUCACCGGGAGUUGAUGGAGCUCAAUGGGCUCUACGCAGAACUAUGGAUGGCACAGGAAAUGUUGAUGCAGGAUCGGGAGCCGGUGCUGGAGAAGGGAUUAGACAAGGUACUAUAA